GUGGUUAAGUGAACACUAUAGCGUUUUAUUAACCAAUAGGACGUAUGAGUGGCACACGAACUCUUUCUGGGCGUUAAAUUACAAUCUGACCACGUCUCUUAGCCCACUAAGCCACGACUUUUCGUCAAAAUAUCUUGGAUAAAAAAUAUUUAAAUAUUUAACAUAUGAAAAUAAACGUUGCUCGGCACGUAGGCGUGUUAUUACUACUCACUUGUUGCUCUUACACAAUAUCAUAAGAUAACGCCCAAAACAAAAGUUAAGUAGAAAUUUCUUCAUUUCGGUUUCUGUUAAUUUGUCGUUUCAGUCAGUGAGCAUACAACCAGACGUUUCUCAGUGAUUCGUGUUUCUUCAUGCAUCAAAUAUAUAUAGUUCAUUUCAGUAACUAUUUUUACCGUAAAUAAACUCAUAGUUUUUUAAUUUUUUUUGUGUAAUUUGUGAGUGACAAAUAAAAAUAGAUAUUAAGGAAAACUUGAGGAUUAUACUAGUGAAAUUUUUUCAAGUUUUUCAUUAUUGGUUCUUAGAAAUUAAUGGAUCCAAUAGUAUUAGAAAACAACAAUGGUAUCGGACAGCAGCAACAGCAACAACAGCAAUAUGGUGAAGUAAAUCAGCUUGGCGGUGUAUUCGUUAACGGCAGACCUUUACCGAAUGCUGUGAGACUUAGGAUCGUUGAAUUGGCACAGCUCGGAAUCCGACCCUGUGACAUUUCUCGUCAAUUGCGCGUUAGUCACGGAUGCGUUAGUAAAAUUCUAGCUCGUUACCAUGAAACAGGAAGUAUUUUACCCGGUGCGAUCGGUGGGAGUAAGCCCCGUGUAACGACACCAAAAGUUGUUCAAUACAUAAAACAAUUAAAGUUAAAAGAUCCCGGAAUAUUUGCUUGGGAAAUAAGAGAUCGGCUACUUUCCGAUGGUGUUUGUGAUAAAUACAACGUACCGUCGGUUUCAAGUAUCUCAAGAAUAUUAAGGAAUAAAGUAGGAGCUAAUUCAAGUGCUCUUCACCAUCAUCCUCAUCAUCCGGCUCAUCAUCACCAUCAUCACCACAUAUAUGCCGCGGCUGCUGCAGCUGGGGCAGCUUUAUGUCCAGUACCGUAUCCACCGUCGCCUUACCAUCAACCACCUUCUGCAGUCACUCAUCAUCAUCACCAUCAUCAUCAUCAGAGUGAAAGAUUAGGAAACCGAGUGUUUGGUUCAAUCGGAAGUGGACUCGUGGUGACUGGGCUCAGAUCUUAUGCUCUAGGAGACCAAGCAAUCGAAUCACAAAACAUAUCUUGAUUAAUUUUUUAAGCCCGCCUACGGAAUGUCUUCAAAAUGAGCUGGCAAGGAGGAGCGAAGAAAUUUUUAAGUGAUAUUCCAAAUUGUCCGUGAAAAUAUUUUGUCUAUUGAAAAAUUGGUGAACAAAAAUUUGAAAAAACUAAACGUCAUCACCCAACUUAUGUAUUAAUGGACUCCAAUAACUGGCUGACGGUAUUUUUAAAAAUUCAAAAGCAAAUUCCGUGAGGAGUUUUUUGGCGGCACUGAAUUGCCAAUAUUGUGACUCUGGAAAAAUUAAUUCCCCGUAGGAAAAUUAAACGUGACACCCACGUGGCAAGCAGACCAGCUGGUGUAUUGAUCAGUUCCGGAUGGAAUAAACUGACGCCAAGUGAUGAGAGAUUUGAUGAGUUUGCUGAUCGAAUAAAGUACCGUGUUUUAUUGAACUCAAGCUGAUUUACGUCAAGUUGAUCUUGUUGGUGUUGGCCCGAUGAUUGAGCAGGAGCUACUUGAGCAACCGCUGGGCUUAAAUCAUCAGGUAUUUUAACGUGAGUUUAACCAGGCCGUUAAAAUUACGCUAGUCAACCAGCUUAAAAUUAAAUUCACCGUAAGAGUAUUUGAGUGAGAGCUAAUAAAACAAAUUUUUUUUUGAUAAAAAUUUAAUUAACUGCUAAGUUAAUGUACAUCAGUUGAGACUCAUUGCUGGAUCUAAUGCGAUGGUUUUCUCUGUAGCAAUCAUAGAGGUUACCAGAUUCAUCUGGAUCCCACUAACCCUUAGAAGAUAGAGCUAGACCUUUUAGUUUUACUGUUGGAUCAAGUCCAAGACGAAAACGCCAGAGCAUGCCGACGAUCAAACAAGUCUAUACUAAGCGACAAAACGCCAUUCGUCAGUUGCUUUUUUUUAAAACAUGAUCACAGUGUAAUUUUGAAAAGUGUAAAAUUAUAGAGAACGACUAGAUCCCAGUGAAGCUCUUGACAGACUGAAAAAAUUUUCAACUCUCAUUACUGUAUAUUUAAUUU